AUGUGCGUAAUCGAGAUCUGGUGUCGCAAGUGCACCGUCUGCCAACAUGUCGAUGAGGUCGAAUACUCCAACCAUAAGGAUGGCUAUGGAUCCUGCACUGUAGUUCGCACUACGUUGCCUGAGCAGUCUCUCCAAGGUGCAAACGAAAACUACCGUUGCCGGGGCUGUCGAUCCAGACAGGCUUAUGAGAGCCAUCAACUCAACAAACAAAUCAUGGAGGCUCGCGGGGACAACAAGUAUGGGUAUACAAGAACCUGCGCGCAUUGCGAUAGUCAAUUUCGCCUCUAG